AUGACGACCAUCCGGGCCGCAGAGCCAGAGCAGUCUCUGGGCGUCGAACCUGUCGUCUCGCGCGACGUUCACGAUGUCAAGAUGCUCGACAUGAACGUCGAUGCCAUCGACAAGGAGCUGUCGCAGUACGUUUCCGACGUGCGUGUGCACAUCUCGCCGGAGAAGAACCGCGAGCUGCGCCGCAAGAUCGACCGCCGCGUACUUGUCAUCAUGAUCUGCACCUAUUUCCUGCAGACCAUCGACAAAGGCACCCUCUCUUUUGCCUCUAUCAUGGGCAUCCGCACCGACACCAAGCUCGUCGGCCAGGACUAUAGCUGGCUGACAACUUGUAUCUACAUCACCAUCCUCAUCGUCGAAUACCCACAGAACUGGAUCAUUGCGCGCGUGCCCAUUGCCAAGUACCUGAGCUUUAGCAUCAUCGCUUGGGGCAUUGUGCUCGCCGCUACCGCCGCCUGCCACAACUUCGCCGGUCUCGUGGUCGUCCGCACGAUGCUCGGCCUCUUUGAGUCGGCAUGCCAGCCGGCCUUUAUCAUCCUGUCCAGCAUCUGGUACCGCCGCGAGGAGCAGGCGUCCCGCGUCACCUACUGGUACAUGAUGAACGGCGCGCAGCAGGUUGUGGGCGGUCUUUUGGCCUACUGCUUCAGCUUGAUCACCACCGGUCCGCUCAAGUCGUGGCAAUGGAUCUUCCUUGCGUACGGCAUCAUCUCUGUCGUCUUUGGCGCCUUUGUCGGCUGGUGGAUGCCCGACAGUCCCAUGCGCGCCAAGUGUUUCUCCGAGGAGGACAAGGUCCUGAUGAUUGAGCGUGUGCGUGAGAACCAGACCGGCAUCCAGAACCGCACGUUCAAGCGUGCCCAGGCUGUGGAGGCACUGCUCGACCCGCAGUGCUGGGGCUAUGCGCUGAUUGCGCUUUGCACCACGCUGCCCACGAGCGGCCUCGGCGCCUUCCAGGGCAUCAUCAUCACCGGCUUCGGCUUCAACGUUCUUCAGACGCAGCUCCUCGCCAUGGUGCUCGGCUUCUACAUCAUUAUUGUGCUGCUCGCCUCCGUGUGGCUGGUCAAGAAGACGAACCAGACGCUGCUCGUCAUGCUCGGCUUUGUGAUUCCGUCGUUUGUCGGCACCAUCUGCCUUAUGACCGUGCCGCUCGACAGCCGUGCCCAGCAGAUUGGUCUGCUGAUCUGCUACUACAUCACGCUGUCUUUUUGGUCCGCCCAGACGCUGGCCCUGUCCAUGAUCUCGCGCAAUGUCGCCGGCCAGACCAAAAAGUCGGUCGCCGUCGCCAUGAACUUUAUCAUCUGGUCGGCCGGCAAUGCCAUCGGGCCCCAGGUCUUCCUGAGCUGGAACGGCCCGCGGUACUUUAUUGCAUUCGCCACGCAUCUGGGAUGCUACUCGCUUCUCGUCAUUGUCAUUGUUGGCCUGCGUUUCUAUCUCGUGCGCCAGAACAAGCUACGCGACGCACUCGCCGCCGCUGGCAACCUGGAUGCCGCAGACAACCGCUACACCCAUGCUUUUGAGGAUUUGACAGACAAGGAGAAUCCGUCGUUCCGUUAUGUGUUCUAG